UAUCGUCCUUCUAACGAGUUUAUUUUGUAAGAUUACCGGAAGUUGCCCAUUAACUACAGCAAACUUUGCUUUACCUCUGGACAAAAAACUAGCUCAACUUCAGCAGCAGCACCACAACAGACAGUGAGUACGGAUAAUCGUCGAGGGACGUUAAAUACAGCCUCAUGUUUUCCAGCGGCUGGAGGUUUGGCUGGAACAGGUUCACUGACGUGGACCUGUUCUCAGACCACACUGACGCCAGUGCAGAGACGCUCUCCCAGGCCAUCAGAGCUGCUGUGUCCGAGGAGCCCGAUGCGGACGGCAGCGUCCUGUUUGGGCAUCUGCAGGGCACUGUGGUGGGCCUUCGAUACUACACCGGGGUGGUGAAUAGCGGUGAAAUGGUUGGAUUGGUGCGACAGCCCCAGAAUCCGUACGACCGCAAUGCAGUCAUGGUUGCCAACAUUUAUGGCAACCAGGUGGGACACAUCAAGAAAGAGCUGGCAGCUGCUAUGGCCCAUGUCAUGGACAAUAAUUUAGCCAAAGUAGAGGGAGUGGUGCACUCAGGGACCAAGAACAAGUUCAACAUGCCAGUGAUGCUGUCGUUCUGGGGGCAGGAAGAGAAGAAAAAUGCUGUGAUUGAAAUCAUGGCACGUCGUGGAUAUAAACUAAACACGUUGGCUGGCAGACAAACAGGCUCAACUCAGUCAUCCACAAGUAAGGGGGCUUUGCCAUCUAAAAAAGGUGUAACCAUCCCACUAACUGCUGAAGAGCUAAAGAAUGCAUUUGAUAAUCUGUUUGAAGGCUUGAUGGAGAGUAAAGACGGGGAAAAGGAAGCAGCUGAGUCUGUGGGUACUCAACUCCUGCCUCACCAGAAGCAGGCGCUUUCCUGGAUGUGUGCCCGAGAGAACAAAUCUGGACUCCCACCCUUCUGGGAGAAGAGAGGCGAGCUGUACUACAACAGCCUCACAUGUUUCUCUGCCAAAGAAAUACCAGAAAGGGUUCGGGGGGGAAUACUGGCGGACGACAUGGGGCUGGGGAAGACUCUGACAACCAUUGCUCUCAUCCUCUCUAACUUCCAUAAAGGAAAGCCUCUACCUGUGGAAACAUGCGAGCGGGAGGAGCAGGCUUCACGUCUCAAAGGCAAAAGAAGCAGCUGUGGUAGUGAUGUAGCAGGAGUGAGCGACGUAGCAGCUGGUUCCCUAGUCUCAAACCUUCCUCAGGCACCAGACGUGGUGGACCUUACACACAUGUCAGAGAAAAGUGCAAGCAAAGGGAAAGCAUCGGCUGCAAAGCGAAAGCCCAGUAAAGUUUUGCAGGAGGAUCUGGACUUUGCUGCAGCGUUGGGAGGCUUGGCACCAGAUUCAGGCUUAAAGAAGAAGAAGAAAGAAAAAGCCACUCACGCACUCAGUGUGGACUCAUCUUUCCCUGAAAGCGCAGAGGACUUAAAAGCCAGAGCAACUCUCAUCAUCUGUCCACUAUCUGUGCUCAGCAACUGGCUGGACCAGUUUGAGCAGCAUGUACGUGCUAAUGUGAAGCUAAAUGUGUACCUGUACUAUGGCUCCGACCGCAACAGAAGCAAACAGUUUCUGUCCUCUCAGGAUGUGGUCAUCACCACCUACAAUGUUCUCUCUUCUGACUUUGGGGAUAAGAGUCCUCUCCAUGGGGUCAAUUGGCUCAGGGUGGUGCUGGAUGAAGGGCACGUUGUAAGGAACCCAGACGCACUCAUGAGCAAGGCUGUGCUUGGCUUUAACACGCAGCGACGAUGGAUUCUUUCAGGUACUCCUAUCCAAAACAGUGUGAAGGACCUGUGGAUGCUGCUGGCCUUCCUGCGUCUGAAGCCUUUCGACGUGAAGGAGUGGUGGAACCGAGUGAUCCAGAGACCUGUCAUGCAGGGAGACAAAGACGGCCUGAAGAACCUUCAGACCUUGGUCAGGUGCAUCACCCUGCGGCGGACCAAGAGUAGCGAGGUGAACGGGCGCCCCCUGGUGUCUCUGCCGGAGAAGAGCGUAUGCGUGGAGCAGGUGGAACUGAGCCAGUGGGAGAGGGAGGAGUACGAGCUGGCUCGAGAUGAGGGAAGGAACACGAUCAACAGAUAUGUAGCUGAAGGGACGGUCUUGAGUAAUUAUGCACAUGUGCUGGCCAUCCUUAUGAGGCUCCGACAGCACUGCUGUCACCCUGAUCUGCUGGGAAAGACCUCGACAGAUUUAGGAGCUGCAGGGACCCCUGCAGAGCUCAGGCAGCGUCUGAUAGAAAAGCUGCGGAUGGUGCUGGCCAGCGGCUCUGAUGAGGAGUGCUCUGUGUGUCUGGAAUCGGUCCAUCUGCCCGUCAUUACACAUUGUGCUCAUGUUUACUGUCGGCCGUGCAUCGCCCAAGUCAUCAGCACUGAGCAGGAGAGGGCACGGUGUCCUCUCUGUCGCAGCGAGAUCAAGACCAAUGAGCUGGUGGAGUUUCCACCAGAGGAAAUGGAGGAAGACAACAGUCGAAGUUCUGAGAAAUGGAGGACCAGCUCAAAGGUGCAGGCGCUGAUGGCGAACCUGCUCAGGCUGCGAAGUGAAGACAGCAGCAUCAAGUGUUUGGUCGUCUCCCAGUUUACACGUUUCCUCACCAUCCUGCAGACGCCGCUCAGGGAGCACGGGCUGAGUUUUGUGCGUUUGGAUGGAACCAUGAGCCAAAAGAAGAGGACCCAGGUGAUCCAGGAGUUUCAGAGCUCUGCAGACAACAGUCCUGCCAUAAUGCUGCUGUCUCUUAAAGCGGGGGGCGUUGGGCUUAACCUCACUGCUGCCUCUCACGUCUUCUUGAUGGAUCCUGCCUGGAACCCAGCUACUGAGGAGCAGUGUAUUGACCGCUGUCACCGUCUGGGCCAGACGAGGAAGGUCGUCGUCACAAAGUUCAUCGUAAAGGACUCCGUGGAGGAGAACAUGGUGAAGAUCCAGAGAAAGAAGCAGGACCUGCUGGAGAAGGCGUUUGGCUCCACAAGCACGGACAGGAAAGCCUCUUGCAUCGAUGACAUCAAAGCUCUGAUGGAGCUGUAGAAGUCUCAAACUGGACCAGUCUGAUGGACUUAACUGACCUAAAUAAGCAAUUGAUGCAGAUUUUCAUUUUUCCCCUUUUUUAUUUAAAGUAAUCAAUUUAUUUUCUAAAUUUAACAUAAAAAAACCCAACAUUUUCAUAACAAUGAUCUUGUUGGGACCUUGAUAAUAAAAACAUUAUCAAAAGUGA